CACUUCCGUUUCAGAGACAAGAAAAACAAGUCUGGUAAAUGGCGACGGCGACAGAGGUCACCGGCGAGAUUUCCUGCUGAGGAUUACGGUGAAAUUCUAGGGUUCCGGUGGAGAUCCUUCCCACGCUUUUACCUUUCCCUUACUUGUGUCAGAUCCGACGUUACUUCCGGCGAGCGGAUAAGGUCAUCUAGAAGUUUGCCAGAGUUUUUUUUUUUUUUUUUUUUUUGGCCUUUUUUCUUUUGGCGACUCGGAGCGUCGACUCAGCGAUUCUCGAGCUUGGAAUCGGUUUCUGGAGCGAUUUCCAUGGUUUCGUUUCUACAAUUGCCGUUUGCACUCCGAUUUCUGCGAGAAAUCAUAUUUCCGAACGCAAUGCGAGGGAUUUCAUAAAGUUCUUCCCGAAAUCUGUUUUAAACCACAAAGAGGCUACAUUGUGGAAAUCUGUAACUUCUCCAAAAGACGGUUUCCUGGCAUUUUUCUACAGAUCGGAGCUCGGAAUCUGCCAUUUUUGCCGUUUCCGGGGUGAAAUCUCUUUCAUUAGCUAAUCCUCAUUCCUGUUGAACAACGCUCCUGAGAUUCCAAUAGAAGCUCCUUCGAACCCUUUAAUAGCUGUCUAGAAAAUUUCGGCAGGUAGUGAUUAGAAAUGAGAAAGGUACUGAAGGUCCUCAUCUUUCUUUCCUUUCUUCUGGUCGUCGUCCGACCGGAAGAUCCAACGAUCAAUGAUGAAGUUCUCGGACUAAUCGCCUUCAAAGCGAAUCUCCAUGAUCCAGACUCAAAGCUGAUCUCUUGGAAUGUAGAUGACAACAACCCCUGCAACUGGGUAGGUGUGAAAUGUGAUGUUAGAACUAACCGAGUCACAGAAGUCGCCCUCAAUGGGUUAUCUUUAUCUGGACGGAUCGGCCGAUGCCUCCUCCAGCUGAAGUUCCUCCAACGAUUGUCUCUCUCGAAGAACAAUUUCACUGGCAGCAUAGACCCUGGGCUCGCCCGUCUUUCUAGCCUGCAAGUUAUCGACCUGAGCGAGAACAGUUUCUCUGGUCCAAUCCCAGAGGAGUUUUUUGAGCAAUGCAUGUUUCUGAAAGAGAUCUCGCUAGCAAGAAAUGGAUUCUCGGGGGCGAUUCCCCAAAGUCUGAGCUCAUGCUCGACACUCCUAGCUCUCAACCUCUCCUCAAAUGGGCUCUCAGGUAAUUUUCCAGAUGGACUCUGGUCUCUGAGUGGGCUUACAUCGCUCGAUUUGUCGGAUAAUUCUCUGGUUGGUGAGAUUCCAAAUGGUAUUGAACGGUUGUCCAAUCUGAGUAUCAUAAGCUUACGGAGAAACAGGUUUUUGGGGCAGUUGCCAGAUGGAAUUGGAAGCUGUUUGCAUUUAAAGACAAUGGAUUUCAGUGAGAAUUUGCUGUCUGGGAGGCUUCCAGAUUCAAUUCAGAAGCUUACCUUGUCCAGUUCUUUAAUUUUACGUGCAAAUGCUUUUGUAGGACAAGUUCCAUCGUGGAUUGGAGAAAUGAGAAGUCUUGAGACUUUGGAUCUGUCGGGGAAUGGAUUUUUAGGCACAAUUCCUGAUACAAUGGGAAAUCUAAAUUUGUUGAAGGUGUUGAAUUUUUCGGGAAAUGGGCUUACUGGGAGCUUGCCAGAGUCAAUGUCGAGUUGCAAGAGCCUGAUGGUUGUAGAUUUUAGUCAGAAUUUUUUGACAGGUAAUCUUCCAGGAUGGGUUUUCAAAUUGGGCUUGCAGAGGUUUUCGGUUUCACAGAAUGAAUUAACCAGUAGAGUGGAAAGUUCUCCUUCUGAAUCCACAGAGCCCGUCCAUGAGAACCUUCAGGUCUUGGAUUUAUCUGACAACAAAUUUUCUGGCACAAUUCCAUCAGGCAUUGGGGUUUUGAGAAGCUUGCACAUCCUGAAAAUGUCUCGUAAUUCUCUCAUGGGUGUGAUUCCAGCAAGCAUUGGAGCAUUGAAGGACAUCGAUGUCCUUGACUUGAGUGAGAAUAGGUUAACUGGAGAAAUUCCAUCCCAAAUUGGAGACUGUUCUUCUCUAACUUCUCUGAUCCUAUCACAUAACUAUCUCACAGGCCCAAUUCCUGCAAAGAUAGCUAAUCUCUCUAACCUUCAAACCAUAGAUUUCUCCCUCAACAACCUCACAGGGACCAUCCCCAAGCAGCUUGGAAAUCUCAUCCACUUAUUCUCUUUCAAUGUCUCACACAACCAUCUUGAAGGCGAACUCCCCCUUGGCAGUUUCUUCAACACCAUCUCUCCCUCCUCCCUAUCUGGCAACCCGUCUCUCUGUGGUGCAGCUGUCAAUCGCUCCUGCCGUGGCGUCCUUCCCAAACCGAUCGUUCUCAACCCAAAUUCCUCCACUAACCCCUCCACUCCCGGUUCGUCAUCGAAUAUCCACCCCAAGAAAAUCAUUCUCAGCAUCUCUGCUCUCAUUGCUAUUGGGGCUGCUGCAGUCAUUGCCCUCGGUGUUGUCACUAUCACCGUACUUAACCUCCGUGCACGCUCUGCCGCUCCUCUCUCUGCUGCUGCCCCCACCAUGUCUGGUGGCGAUGAGGACUGCAGCCAGUCACCCACCACCGAUGCCAACUCAGGCAAGCUCGUCAUGUUCUCAGGUGACCCCAACUUCAGUGCCAGCACUCACACACUGCUCAACAAGGACUGCGAGCUGGGGCGUGGUGGCUUUGGAGCCGUCUAUCAAGCUGUCCUGCAUGACGGGCGCCCAGUUGCCAUCAAGAAGCUCACUGUCUCAAGCCUAGUCAAAUCCCAAGAAGAUUUUGAGAGGGAAGUUAAGAAGCUUGGAAAGAUCCGACACCCUAAUCUUGUCAUGCUUGAAGGUUAUUACUGGACUCCGUCUCUACAGCUCCUCAUUUACGAAUUCGUUCCCGGUGGGAGUUUGUACAAACACCUCCAUGAGAGCUCUGCCUCGAACUCCCUCUCAUGGCAAGAGAGGUUUGACAUAAUUGUUGGGACUGCAAAGAGCUUGGCCUACCUGCACCAACUAAAUGUGAUACACUACAAUCUGAAGUCAAGCAAUGUCCUGAUCGAUGGCUCCGGAGAGCCAAAAGUUGGUGAUUUUGGGUUGGCGAAGCUGUUGCCGAUGCUAGACCGUUAUGUUCUAAGCAGCAAAAUGCAGAGUGCACUUGGAUACAUGGCCCCAGAAUUCGCAUGCCGAGGGGUGAAAAUCACUGAGAAAUGUGAUGUGUAUGGGUUUGGCAUCUUGGUAUUGGAGGUGGUGACGGGAAGGCGGCCUGUGGAGUACAUGGAGGAUGAUGUGGUGGUAUUAUCUGACAUGGUCAGAGGAGCAUUGGAAGAAGGGCAGGUGGAGGAAUGUGUUGAUGGGAGGCUACAAGGGGAGUUCCCAGCUGAGGAGGCGGUACCAUUGAUGAAGUUGGGGUUGAUAUGCACAUCACAGGUGCCAUCGAAUCGGCCAGAUAUGGGAGAGGUGGUUAAUAUACUGGAGUUGAUCAAAUGCACAUCAGAAGGCCAAGAAGAAUCCAGUUGAAUUUGAUUCUUUCUUCUAGAGACUGAAAUAGUGAAAAGAAGUUCCAAGUGAUAUGGGUUGUACGGCGAAGUGGAAUCCGGGGAGUAAGCUUUUGAGAAGAAGAAAAAGGUAAUGACUUGUUGUAAUGUUUUUGGUUUCUCUUCUGUUUUGGUAUCGUUGGCUGUUGGUUAUUGUGUUGUUGUAGUUUGGUUCUUAUUCUUCUCUCCUGUUAUUGAUGCAACCGGAUUCCUUUUCACCGGGUUCCGAUUUCGGACCCUUGAAGGAUACCUUAUUACCACCUUCCUAUUAAUUUCAGAUUGUACUUUCCCUUCAA